GCUUCAGCUCGCUUCAACUUCGUGCAGUUUCACAACCUCUCUAUCAAUCAAUAUGUUUCCUCUAUAGGCAACAAGAAUUAUUUAGUACGCCAAAUACGAAAAGUUUAUCAAACGUUCAAAUCUUUUGAAGAUCGCUAGGUUUUUUUCCGAGAGAAAUUCUACAAAAUCGAACUAAAACCCCGCCCUAAAAGAGUAGGUCGAGGAAGGCUUUUUUAGUAGAAUUCCCUUGGUCCGCGUGUAACGUUACCACUCGCUGAAGCAAACCCGAAAAUGCAAAGACGACUGCGUCUAAGGGAUUGGCUAGUUAUUCAAAUAGAAAGUGGGAACUUCCUUGGCCUAGAAUGGCUCGAUAAAGAAAGGAGAAUCUUUCGUGUUCCUUGGAAGCACGGUUCUCGACAGUCGUGGAAAGAAGAGGUUGAUGCAGCUGUGUUUCGAGAAUGGGCUAUCUAUACAGGAAGAUAUGAUGCUCGAAAAAUGGCGCCAAAUCCUCGAAGAUGGAAAACAAACUUUCGAUGUGCCCUGAACGCGUUGCCAGACAUCGAAGAAGUCACAGAGAAGAGCUGUACACGGGGUAACAAUGCUUUUAAAGUGUACAGAAUGAAGCCCAUGCCGAGGGCUGUUGGUUUUCGAGGCAAUGAAGAUCUCAUCUUCAAGAGACUCAAUAGACUGAAGAUGAAUGAUGAACGAAAUGUAGUGUAUGAUGGGGAGUACUGGCUGAAUCCAAGAGAAUGCAAGGCUGUUCCAUAUAAUCUACAGUGUGAUGAACAACCUUCCUGUUAUCCUUAUCAUGAUAGUCAGAUCGCUUACCUUAACCCCACAGCCGUAUCAGAAGUGGAGCAAACAGUCCCCAGUGAUCACGAGAUAGUAGAAAUGGUUGACCAGCUUCUUUUUCCUAACCAUUUCCAGAUCGUUGACCAGUUAUCACAGGCUUUUGAUAGUGAUAUUGGGAGUACGUCUACCGGAAGCUGUGCUACUACACCAGAGAGUGCAUGCGCUACUUCGCCUGGAUUCAGUGCGCAUGGAGAAUCUGGAUCCGGUUAUCCGAUCUACUCAUCACUGCGCAUGACCAACAUGUAAAAACAGCUGACCUAGACUGAGUAACAUGAAAAUGGUUUGUCGAUCUAGGUAACCUCGAAAGUAACUGUGAAGACAAUAUUGCAGGGAUUUAAAAUCGCUUUAGUCCUAUGUCUUUGAAUAGGGAAACUUUUGAAAUAAACUAAAUAGUCACAUCAUUUAAAGAAAUUUUCUAAUUGGAAAAAAAAUACAAACAAAAUCGUCACUCCUAGAGCACAAACAUGUAUUUUCGAUGAAUAGAGCUGCGUCGAAAUAUGCUUCCAAAAAAUGUCCCUUCCCAGGAUCCAUAGCAAGUAGGGAGAGUUAGUACACAACCUACACAAUCGCGAUCGGUAGCUUUAAAAUUUCUUUUGGAUAUCAUUAACUAUCAUUAGAUUAUUACAUGUAAUUAGAAUUACAAUAGAAAUACUAAUCUAAAGAAAACGGUGGUCUUGGUACUAUCUGAAAUUAUAGGUCGAUUCUAAGAUCAAACAUCUUUCAUUUCUCCGGCUGUGCAUAAGCUGCGAGCUCCAAAUAAAAAGUUUCGUCGACCUGGCUACCUUUUGAGAUAGAGACGUGGAAAUAAGAUAGUAGAUAAUAUUAGAAAUCAGCAAGAUAAUGAUAGGGAUCUCAGUUAAUUAAAUAAAGCCUUGAAGAUAGCAUAUGAUAUUAUCAGGAUAUUAUGAGAGAUCAUUGUACUGUACUAGUAUUUACUAGUCUAUGAACCCUUGUAUUAUAUACAUAUCAUUAUCAAUCAGUGUAAUGUUUUGGUUGCCAUGGUAAUGAUGGACAUCGUUGUCAUGGUGAUGAAAGUUUAUUAGCGUUAGGUUUUUACCGGUUUGUUAAUAGUGUUGUUGAUAAUUAUUAAUAUUAUCUGUAUUCAACAAUAAAGCAUUGAAAAGUUUAAUUA